GACCUCCUCCAUUCAUGUGGCAUCGAUUAAAAGCCCUCAUUGGUCAGUGCACUCAUUCCACUAGACUUCUCUCAUUAUCUAAAAAGGAAAAACAACCAUCAAUGGAGUCCCCAAGCUGGAGGUGUUCUCUGGACCUUCAAGGCUGUGCAAAUUUCUUCAUCAUCCUCCUCGUCACCCUCUUCUUCCUCAUCCGUAUCCUGUACCUCGCGAGGCCAAAACUGUGGUGCAACUGCGAGAUAUGCCAAACCUACCUCUCGCUCGGAUGGUCGAAGAGCUAUGUCAAUCUUUGCGACUGGUACGCUCAUCUCCUCCGGAGCUCGCCGACCAAGACGGUCCACAUACACGUCCUCGGCAACACAAUCACGGGAAACCCAGAUAACGUUGAGUACAUGCUCAAGACGAGGUUCGAGAACUUCCCCAAGGGGAAACCCUUCUCAACGAUCUUGGGGGAUUUUCUCGGCCAGGGGAUUUUCAACGUCGAUGGUGAUUCAUGGAAGUUUCAGAAGAAGAUGGCAAACCUAGAGCUUGAUCGGUUCGCGAUACGAUCCUAUGCGUUCGAGAUUGUGAAGUGCGAGAUCGAGAACCGGCUCGUGGCGCUCUUUUCAUCCGUCGCAGGCCAAGAGGGCGGAGUCCUCGACUUGCAAGAUGUGUUUAAAAGAUUUUCAUUCGAUUGCAUAUGUAGGUUCUCGUUUGGCCUGGACCCGAGAUGCCUAGAGCUGUCCUUGCCCAUGUCAGAAUUCGCUCUUUCCUUCGACCUGGCAUCUAAAUUGUCCGCAGAACGAGCCAUGGAGGCAUCGCCUUUGGUUUGGAAGAUUAAAAGGGCGUUCAAUAUAGGGAGUGAGAAGAGACUAAAGGAAGCAAUUAACAUGAUCAACAUUCUUGCUCUUGAAGUCAUUAAGCAAAAGCGCAAGAUUGGAUUCUCCAACCACAGAGAUCUCCUAUCCCGCUUCAUGUGCACAGUAAGCGACGAGACAUACCUAAGGGACAUCAUCGUGAGCUUUCUUCUAGCUGGCCGCGACACGGUCGCAUCAGCCCUGACCAGUUUCUUUUGGCUCAUAGCCAAGAACCCUCAAGUGCUAUCGAAAAUUCAUGCCGAGCUGGAUCGUGUUAUGGGCGAUCAGGAGCUGGUGAGCUACGAUCAAAUCCGGGAACUGCCUUACCUGCAGGCUGCGAUUUAUGAGAGUAUGAGGCUCUAUCCACCCAUACAAUUCGAUUCGAAAUUUUGUGAGGAUAACGAUAUUUUGCCCGACGGGACAUUUGUGAAGAGAGGCACGAGGGUUACUUACCACCCCUACGCAAUGGGUCGGAUCGAGGAUAUAUGGGGCCCGGAUUGUUUGGAGUACAAGCCGGAAAGGUGGCUAAAGAACGGCAUCUUCUUUGCGGAGAACCCAUACAAGUACCCGGUCUUCCAAGCGGGACUUAGGGUUUGUUUGGGGAAAGAAAUGGCUCUCUUGGAGCUGAAAAGCGUGGCAGUCUCGUUGCUCCGGCGGUUCCAAAUAGAGCUGGUGACCCCGGACCAGGUGAUUCGAUUCUCUCCAGGGCUCACCGCCACCAUCAGGGGGGGGCUCCCGGUUGUGGUACGAGGAACUUAAAGCCCCACAAGCAGACAUCGCAGGUUCGUCCCGUUCGGUUUGCCUUUCCAUAAGGGGGCCAAUAGAGUACUAUGUUGUCCAAAAACCAUGUGAUAUUUCCUCUUUUGUUGCGUCUCCUUGGUCCGUAUUCGUAGCAUAUAGUGUGAAUUCGCUGAAUAUGCCGGUGGGUGCUCCUUUUUCCCCCUUCUGACGCUCCAAUGAAAAUUUGAAGGGUGUUAUCCAUGAAAAGAAAGGUCGAAGUAGUGGUCUGAAAUUGAUUUAAAUUGUCUUCAAGGACUAUCUCCUUCCCUCUCUCAACCCAGAUGAACAGAAAUGUCUGGCUAGUGCUGGUAAUGGCUUGUGUGUUCUUUCUUGUGGAAAAUGAUGGGUAAUUGAAGUUCUUCAUUAUUGCUUUUUCCCUUUUCCUUUUUUUUUUUUAUGAAAAUUCUCGUUCUGUAAAGUUCAUGUAGCUCAUAGGAAGAUCGCUGGUAUUAUGCCUUGCCCCAAUGUAAUGUUGGGGGAGCAGAAAAUGUAAUCUGGUGGGAAACAAACGAGUGAUCAAUCAUAUAAUCAUGCUUAUUUCUGUGA